AUGUCUUCUGAACGGCCCAUACCCGAAGCGCACACCUUAAUUUCUGUGGACUGUCAGCAACCUCCGUUAGCGGAAAAAUAUGCAGCCGUGGAUAAAUGCAGUGCGGAAAACAGUUUUGCUAAUGAAACAAAAGUACCUACACCCAAACGAUCUGACACUCGCUUCUCCAGGGCCAAUCGCUGGCGUACUUUUCACAAGGAAUCGGCUCGAUUGACCAAACUAGCGCACAGUCUCAGCAAGACCUCGCGAGAGAGAAUGCAAGGUGUAAACUCGACAGUCAGCGUAGCGAACUUAGAGACUGGGACGGUAAAUUUACUGUCACUCAACCGUUCUCGAUCACAGCACAAGUUACAGCGCGAAAAUGUCGUCUAUUCUGAAACUCAAUCUGGUGUGGGAUCCAAGACACCGAGUUACGAUUCCACAAGGUCAGAUGGUGCGGUGGCUGGUGUACACAGCAUGGACAAGAUGGAACAUCUCUCCGUUGCUGCCAAGAAACAUGCGCCAUCGGAGAUAAUCCUACCCGCAUUGACAUUGACACUUCCUGCAGAGGAUGUAAUCUACUCAGAGAAGCAGGACGAUAAUGCUGGUGUCUGGACGCGAACGAGAACCAAUGAAAAAAACAGUGAGUUAGAAGAGACAAAACCGCUGUGCACUCGUUGUCUCAUCAUGUGUUCAGAUAAGGAAAACAGCACCCAGCUGACACAACGAUCGCUCCCAUCCUCACCAACCAGAUUUCGCCGAUACAGUCACUGUCUGACUCCCUCGAAGCCGGAAGGAGGAAUUCCUGUGUAUCAGGGCGAGGAGGACUCGAUGGUCGUGUGUCACAACUGCCGACAAGCAUUCAGACGCAAAACUCGAGUAAACGAUCAGAGUUUGUAUCCACCCACUAGGAAUCGCAACGUUUCAUGCUCAGGAUUAGAUAUGCUUGCCGACGCGAUUCUACACGCUCGUCUUCAGCACAAAGGUGAGUGA